AUGCAGGUGAGACAGAGAGCGAAUAUACUAGUGGGAGAGAGCGAGACGGGAGUAGUCCAGUGUCUCGGCGCCGCGGCGGGCGGCUGCGGCGCGCGCGCCGAGGGCCGCGCCGCGCUGCUGGCCGCGUUACAAGCCGCCGCCUUGUAUCUGCAGUGCAGGCCGGCGACGGUGGCGGCGGCGGCGGGCGGGGCGCGCGCGGGCUUCCUGCAGCGCGACAAGCUGUACAAGCAGCGCGUCAAGCAGCUCGCCAAGAUGAACCCGCAACCGUUCAUCGUCCGUGGUCAUCACCUGCAACUCCAAGCUCUGACCUGUGAAGCUCACUGCCAUUAUUGCGACGAGGUCAUAUGGGGUCUGGCGCCUCAGGCAUACUUCUGCACGGAUUGCAAGCUGCGCGUGCAUCGCAACUGCGCGAAAUCCGUAGAAGAAGCUUGUAUCAUAACCGGCGACCACAACAACCGGAUAUCCCGAUUCAUAGACCUAAUACAUCCCGCCCACCAACCGCAGGACGACAAGAAAGCUAGAAAAGCGUCGAGCACCGCUCAUUUUCUCAACAUGGAGCGCAGCACUCGGAAGCUAGAAGAUGACCUGCCGCCGCGCGCCGAGCACGCGCUUACACCGCCUCAAGGAGAGUCGAAACGAGAGGGUUCCUCCGAAGAGCCGACGGCGCCCGAACCCGAGACGGAGGCCGCUGAUGCCAGCAAGGACCCGCCGAAAGACACCAAUUGGCGCGCAGCGUCAUCUGGCGGCCGCGGAGUGAACCGCGCGGAGAGCUGUCGCGAGCGCGACCCGCCGCGCCGCGGCAAACAUCGGAACGCGAGCGACCCCAACCGACUGACCGCGCACAACAACCAUGACCUCGAAGGCGGUGCGGCUACAGCUCCAUCUGGGAGCUCCAGCAGUUCCAGCUUGUCUUCCAGAAGCAACGAGAGCACCACGGUGCCUGCGGAUCAGCAAGCUUCCCAAUCGGACUGGUCGGAGGAGGAAGACCCGUUAGCUCCACAGUGGGCAGACAGCCUCCCCCCACAAAUACUAGACUCGCUGCUGCUUGACAAGCGGCAUAGGAAACGACAGGAGGUUAUCCAUGAGCUGAUCGUCUCCGAAGGCUCCCACGUCCGCUGGCUCAAGGUCCUCGGCGUGGACUUCCUCCGCCCCCUCGAGAAGCAGCCGUCUCUCUUACCCGCCGAUGAACUGCGGGCACUCUUCCCCAAUCUUCCUGGUGUUAGAGAGAGACACAUGAAGUUGUACACGGAUCUCCGGGCGCUGAGAAAUGAUUUGAGCAACCAUAUUGUGCCAAUUAGGGCGGUUGCUGAUGCUAUGUUGGGAACGUUGGGUGACUCAGGCUACGCGUCGUGCCUGUCUCGCUUCUGCCGCGGGCAACGCUUGGCUUUGGAAACUCUCCGCGAGCGGCGCCGCAAGAACAAGGAGCUGCAUCACUUCCUGUCGGCGCGGGAGCAGCUGCCGCGGUGCGGGCGGCUGCAGCUGCGGGACCUGCUCGCUUGUGUUUGGCAGAGAUUGACGAAAUACCAGCUCCUCCUGCAAGGCAUCGUGGAUACUGUGUCGGAAUCUGAUGCGGACAGCGAUGAAGACAUCGCCCAGCUGAAGAAAGCGCACGACACCGCCAAAGAUGUACUGCAAAGUGUUGAUACUGCUAUCAGAACCGCUGAGAAUGACCACAGGCUGCGAACAAUCCAGAACAAGCUAGAAAUCCGUGCCGGCAGUGGUAAUGAGUGGGAGGAGCUGCGCAGACUGGAUCUCACGCAGAGACAACUUCGCAUGGAAGGAGAUCUAGCCAUCAGACAUGACGGCAACAAGAAGAUCAGCGUGCUGGCUUUAAUGCUGACGGAUGUACUCGUACUACUACAGCGCGAGGGAGACAAGUUCGUGCUCCGUCCCAUUCCCGCGCCCAACCAGCAGGGGGCGCUGUCGCCGCUCGUCAAAUGGGACAAGGUGUUGUUCCGGCCGAACGCCGCGGCUCGCAACACGUUCUUCCUCAUGAACAUCAACGGUGUGCAGAUGCACGAACUCUCAGCCAACACUCCUGCGGAAUACGCCACAUGGGUGAAGAACAUCCAAGAGUGUCCCCUGGCCAAGCUGGCCGAGCAGAAGCCGAGCCUCACCCCGCAACACACGCACUCUGCUUCCACCGCCAGUCGGACCACUGACGACGAAGGCAGCACCGUCUCUCGCAACCCAUCGGACGCGUCCGAAAAGUCUAGCACCGUGGAAGAGCGAGACAGAACUAGCUCGGAGAGGGAGAGAGAUAGCGUCGAGAGGGAACCGAAGGAAUCCGACAAAGAGGAAAAGGGGAAGGAGGAAGCUGUCGACAGGGAGGACAAGCAUGUGCCGCGACGCCCUACUAUGUCCCGCAUUUCGACGCACGAGGCCCCGCCGCCGCGGGCGCUGGAGCCGCAGGCCGCCGUCACCGUGAGCGCGGCGCGCGCCGAGCACGCGCACACCGCCGUCAGAGCGUUCACUCCGCAAGAACAACUACGUCGCCUAGACGAAGUUAUCAACAAAUCACUGCGCGCCAAAAGCGCUGUAGUGGCGGAAUUACUAGGAGUACCGGCUGAGAGUUACGCGCAGGUGGCUGAUCUGGCUGUGGCCGAAGCUUUAGGGCAGUGUGAUACAUCAGGGGAACUGCGGCUCCAGCGCAGUGUGAGUAAUGAGGAGCCUUCGGAAAUACACACGUUGCUCCUCGCCGCUCUCACGCAAGCAAACCAACUGACAGAGUCGUUGACGCGGGCUCUGAACGUGAACGAGGCGGCGGCCGUGGCGGCGCGCGCGCGCGGCCGCUGCGACCGCUGCGCGAGACACCCGCUGCAGAGGAGCUCCACCUUACGGGCUAACAGCAGGGAGGCUGGAGAACCGCCAUCACCCCCGCGCUCGCCAGGUCAGCUAGAGUCCCGUCUCAACGACUCCGCGUCCAUGUUGGACACAAUAUCUUCGCUAGAGAAGGAGGUCUCCUUCGAUAUGCUCAGUGACCUUGAGACACAGGAGCCUAGCGCAGAAGAUGCCCUAGAGAGCAACGCAACAUCAGCAUCUCUCGCAGCCUCCUUACUUCCCCUCCACUCUGGUCUCCAAAGGACUCUGGGUAGGCUGCUCGGAUCCUUGCCCGCCUUAGAAACUGCGCGCAGGGAUCUGCGGAGAGAGUUGCCGGCGCUCAGGGACGCCAACGAUGCGCUGAGGCAUGCUGCGCCGCACUAUCAGCUGACCGACGAGAUCUCCUACCCCGCCAACAACCUGGACCAAUCGCUACAGGACCAACCGAGCAACGGCGGGUGAUGGCGUAGGCAGUAACUUGAAUCUGGCUGGACCACGGACUUGGGAGAGACGAAACUGCGCCCAACGAGGCCGCAUACAAAAUAUAUGAAAACCACCUCAAUGCAGGCCGUUUUCAUACAAUCAUGUCUACCAAAAUAACGACCUUUUAAAGCUACUACGCAAUUUAAAACCACAAUUUUCAGAUUCAAAAUAGUGGUUUAAAGUUUUGCCGCAAUUUUAAUAUAAAAUCUAUGACACAAGCGGCUUUCUUAAGUGCGUUUGCACUGUUGAAGAUUUCAGUGUAGUGAGUUUCGUAUUAACAAUAUUAUUGAUUAGGAGUGUAAUGGAAUUUUGUCAAAUAACACUUAAAUAAUAGGGAUUUAUCCGUAAAUAACUCGUUUAAGAUCAAUAUCAGUAAAUAUCAUAUAUUUAAUCAAUAAUAUUGUAAGUAUGAUAGGAGCGGAAUGCUUUGAAUUGUGUUAAAUUUAAUAUUUCUUGUUCCGUUAACUUUUCAAACUAUUUUUGUAAUUGUUUUUUUAAUCGAUCCGAUCCGAGUCGAGCUUUUGUAUAUUUUGUAAUAAUUUCUUAGCUUUACUCCUUGUAAGUACGAAAUUAAUUUAGUAUUAAAAAAAUAAAGUUUUAUUUUUAUGAUUCCAUGAUACAUUAUGUGAUCUGCCGCGUAUGCGUUUCUUUAUAAUAAUUUUCCAGAAUAUAUUAAGUUAGUUCGUGUAAAUAUACCUUUAGAGCGACUAUAUGUUUUAUGUAAUCGAAAUUUUGUAAAAAAAUAAUCAAAAAAACUAUUAUUCAGUGUAUUUUGCUGUUUGUAUUUGGAAGUAUUACUCGACAAUAUUAUAUUGGAUCAUUAAAUUAUGAUUAGAUAUUUGUAAAUGCACAAAAUUAUGAAUUUUUGACUGUUACGUAUGUCGCGAUAGUGAACGGAAGUGCCCUGAUCCCAGUACCUUGUAUAUGCCAUAUUUAGUGUUACAUCAAGUUGAGGAACAUUCUAGGCUUCGCCUUUUUGAGUGUGAUAUUUAUUUACCAGGGUUUACACCUUUUGUGAACCAUGAAAUGACACCCUGUAUGUAACAGCUUAUAUAUAAGAUCCGUACCUAAUAAGUAUGAAAUUCCAUAGCGAUUUUAUAAAUGUAUACACUUAAUAUACGAAAAUAUAUAUUUUAUACGUAAGCUAGUUCCGAUCCCCUCCAUUUUCCGAAUAUUUGUAUGUUUAUAUGUAAAGAGCUUUUAGGAAUUUGAAGAAUAAAAAAAAGGAAUUGUAUCUGCAUUCGAAUCAUUAUUAAUGUAAUUAACUAAUAAAAUACAUGGAUAAAGUGAAUAACUGGCCACGUGCAUUUUCAAGAUGGCCGCCGUCGGCUGCCCGCUUUAGCUUCACUCCGAGAUAUAUAUUGUAAUACAUAGUUAGUGGUAUAAAUAAAUACCGUUACAUACAAAUGUA